AUGACCGGAGAAGACAGUCUUUCGUCUAAGGCUGGAACAUUUGGUUUGAAAUUUAAAACAAUAUGGUUUCUUAUUUUCUUGUUUACGGCGUGUUGUUCACAAACAAGCCACAAUGUCACUGUGUUAAUAUUGUUUAACACACAUUGCAAUCAAUACUUUUACGAGGAGGCUGAAAAAGUGUUGCGCCAAGACAUUUUUUCACGACCGUCUGAACUAAUACACUUGAAGCUGUUAAAAGCUAACGUCUCUCAGAUUAUAAACCGCAGCAAAUCCGGCGGAGUCCUUGAGGCACUUUCAUUUAUAGAAAGGAACUUUGACAAGAUUGACGGGACAGUAUUUGUGGACGCCACGAAGGAAGAUUUAGUUUUCUCCUCAGUGCUAGAAGAUCUCAACGUCUUAACGGUUGGAUUAUUUCAAGACGAAAAGCUCCUUCAGACUCAGGUAAAAACGAUGCCUGUCUUAAAAAGAACAUAAAACAUAACUAUAUUUCCCGCUUUUUUGGUAAUGACUGGCACAGAAACCUAAAUAUUAUUAGUGUCCUGAAACAUCUACGCUAAUCGCAAGGGUUUCUUCAACAGAAAUGAAUAAUUAUUUGGUGAUUUUCAUAAAUAUUUAAUGAUUUAUCAUUCCUUUUAGCCUUACUGAAAAGACAAACUAUACAAGUUCUGUAAUUGUAUUUGUAUCGCCUUUCAAUAGUCAUCUCUUUCCACUGGUGUACAUAGAUGCUAAGAAAUGACGACAAUUUGUAGGAAUGCUUUUAACAAAAACCGUUCAUGUUGUGAGAGGAAGCUUUUAAACUUCAGAAAUUUCGCACCAAGUAUUUGUUCAUCAAUAGACCUAUUCGGCUAACUCAAUGUUGUACCCAAUUCAAACCCUUUGGGAAUAAAACGUUUUGUUUCAGGAAUUUCCAUAUCAUUUAAAUGUGAAUGCCACAUUAUAAUGCAAAUGCAAUACACAAAGAAUCUUAUCCCCGGGAGAUUUGAAUUGGGUACAACAUUGAGUUAGCCGAAUAGGUCUAUAGCUUUGGCUUGUAUGUUUUUUUUUUCCAAUGCAGGUCACGUGAUGAUACUCAAGAGAACUCAGUGUUUCACAUCAAAUUCCAUCUUAUUCCCUUGCGUAUGUACGCAUAGAGAAAGACAAAGACUAAGACCCUGUUUACAUGGAGUGGGGGACCCCGGUUUAGUGGGGUAGGUUUCUUUUGUUUUGUGUCCCCCAGAGCGUGAAAACAGAAGAAACCAACCCCACUAGACCGGGGUCCCCCACUCCAUGUAAACAGGCCCUAAGGAUCAAAUGCCCCUGGAACUUCAUAAAGAAAACAAAACAUAACAGCUAAAGAAAAAGUCGCCUGUAUUAAUCUUGUUACUGGAUGAAAUUCAAUCAAAAUUGCAAAACAUUAAAACCAAUUCGAACAGAAACUAUUUGCAAAAAACGAAGUUGCAAUGCAAUAAUUAGAGUAACACGUAAACUGAAUUUUUCUAUUAUUAUCUUCAGGAAAGCAUGGCCGUAUUUUCAAGAACAGCAUCUCCCUCAGUGUAUCACUAUGUUACGUCAGCUUGGAGAAUUAUCAAUAAACAUCGAUGGCACACAAUUUGCUUAAUAGUGUCAGCGAGCUUCGAAGGAAUGAUUUUUGCAGAGCAGAUGAAAAAAUUUGCUCUAAAAGAAAAAUGGAACAUCCGGAAAAUAAUCUGGUUAAUGGAAGACACAAUUAUAAAUGAAACAAUGGAAGAAAUCAACAAUGCAAUUACGAACAAUAAUACUGAAGCUAUUGUCAUGCAUAGUAGGUCAGGCAACGAGGAAAGUUUAUUCAAGUUAAUUCAAGAGUUAGGUAUUGACAAGUAUAAGACUGUUUGGAUUAUAACUGACAUUACCACCCAAUUUGUCAAUGAAUUAAGCAAUCUCCCACAAGGACUAUUAAAAAUCAGUCUUAGAAGGCCAACACGUUGUCAUGACUACGGUAUCUAUGACGACGCUCUUCGCGACAUAAUGUUGCUGUUUCAGUUGUCUUUUGAAGAAAGUUUGAGGGAAAUUUUCAGGAACUCAAGUGUAAUAAGUUGCAAAAAAGAAAUCAACUCCCAGGAACUACGGCUACUUGCCAAGAGGUGAAUACAUCUUUGACAUCUUUGCACAUCCACAAAGAGUUAACUCCACUUUGAAAGAGUUUUACCAUGAGGACAUGAAAAUUGCUUUUCUUAAACCUGUUUCAUGCUGAAUUCAGUAUAUUUGACGAUCUGAUAUCGAGAGAGGUCAAACUACAGUUGCUCCUUCUCUAUCCUUCGCAUUCUUACAGGGUAUUACUAGCAAAUCCUCUUUCUUACAUUCAAAUCCUUGCACAGUUUUUUAAUGUACACCCCCUGUACAUCAUCUGUUUUUCUUUUGAUUUCUUCCCUUCAACCUCGCUCUGGUUUUAAAUGUUGAAAGAUUCACUGAACGCGCAACUAACCCUUUUUCUCAGUCGUUUUUAGUUUCAACAGUUCGGCACCCAUCGAUCAUCUGCCGUCUUUAAAGAAGGCGCCUGAGCACAUAUUCGGGGAAUGCUGCACAGUUUGUUCAUUCCCUAACUGUGGAUUUCUUUAUUGCACUAAUUUUAUAUUCCUUCCUACAGGAAGAUGGCACAGACUUCUGUUUCAGAAAAAAGCAUGCUAUUCAAUACCAAACAAGCCAACAAUAGGAAUUACACCUUCAUGAUUUGGAAUCUGAACGAAGAUCUGCUUGGUGAGAAAAACUGGUUUCCUGUCGGAAUGGGAGCAUCAGUUGGCGUUGCUAUGGAAACCUACAAAUCUCCCGACGGAAAAUCUAUCACACCAGUUUUUCAACAUCCAAGACCUGUUGUUCGUGUUGUUGUGAAUGAAUACCCGCCAUUUGUUUACAAGGUGAAUGUUGCUAGAGAGGAGGGUUGCGUAGGUCGCCUUUUGCCUUGUCAUGGGGUUGAAAAGAUGUUUUGCUGCUGUGGAGCGUCGCUGGAUUUUCUUACGUUUCUCAUGAAAGAUUUAAACUUUGAAGCCUACGUUUAUUUCAACCCAGAUGGCAGAUUUGGGGUAAUUGAUAACGUUACUGGUCAUUGGAAUGGAAUCGUUGGUGAAUUGAUACGGCACAAAGCACAGCUUUCCCUGGAAAUGGGGCUCACCGAAAGAAGAUCGCGUGUGAUCAGUUUUGCGCAUCCAACUCUGCUGUUGGAGCUAGGAAUCUUAAUUAAUAGAACGGAAAUACGCAAAGGUAUGCAUUAUUCUUGAUGCUUAAUGGCUAUUUUAAGGUUGAGAUGGGUCUGGGUCGGUGUUGUAUCGUAUUGUCCCAUGGGACACUUUGAGGACGGUAUAGCUUCUAAUAGCUUCUCACUAGCAGCCAUUUCGAGUUUGCGCAAUGGACGGGGUUCCAUUCCCCUUCAAACAAAGGUGACAUAUAUUCACACUUGCGCGCUUUUUUCUACGGCGCACGAUUUUCGUGCGUUUAAUGACUUCCUUUUCAUUCAAAAAACAUUUUGACAAAUUAUCACAGUCAAUAUGUAUCUUAAACUUGUAUCAGUUGAUAUUUAAGUCUCCUUUUUACUUUUACUAAUUAAAAAUAUAAUGCUGGUUUGUCGAGUUCCAUUGGAUUACAUGCUGAAUAUUUUUUUUCUAGAUUUAUUGAAAGAUUCUUGGCUUGAUCCUUUUAGUAAGAGUUUGUGGAUGACACUGUUGGGAACAUACUUUGGGUUAAUCAUCGUAAUUUGGUGGCUGGACAGAAAGAGUCCACAGGGACAUCAUCGCCAACUUCAAGAAAGUAAAGACCUGUAUGGAUUCACCUUGCUAGGUACGUACCCCUUUACCUCUUUGGCAGUUUUUGUUCAGAGUUAGUGGAGUGAUAAACACGCGAAAAGCGAGAAACGAGGGUGGUGGCCUCUCACGUCUCGCGCCCUCCAUGUUCCUUUGCUCGAUGGACUAGGAGAGACUGGGAGAGACUAAUCCUGAUCUACAAUUGAGCCUUCCCAGUUGUAUCACUCGUAACGUCGGACUUUGGAAGUCUGACGUUCAGCCCAGUCAAGACAGUCAAACUCUUUAUUUUAACGCUAGCGUUCAUGUUUUCGUCUGACGUUAGGUUUAUGUUGACGCUGCAAUAUAAUACCUGCAACUGCACGUACGCUUGUUUUCCCUGCGGGACGACGCGAAUGUCACUUGUAAUGAGGACGGUAAACAAACGACGACGACUUUCUUUUUUCUCUUUUUAACCUUGGAUACUGUCCUUGAGAUCCUACUCCAAGACGAAGUCAGUGAAUUAGAAUAAUCGCGAUGAAGUUUGAAAGAACGCAAUUUCACCCGUGAAUUUUCAUGAUACCUUAAAGUCAAUAAUAAUUACUGUAUUUACUCGAAUAAGCACCGCCACCGAAUAAGCACUCGGACACUGAUAUAAUCAAAAUCAAAAGACGUUAAUUCUGUUGGUUUAACACGGAAAAUAAUUACACUAUAGUCAAUACCAUUUUUUAUCGCGCGCAACCCGCCCUCAAAUACGCGCCGCACGUGGGCGUGAAAAAUUCAUAAAGUGCCACACUUUUUCGGGUAAAUACGGUUCAGUUUUUGUUCGGGUCAUAGGCUCCUGAUAACGGCCAAGAUUAUUUACCUGGAUCAUUGUUUAGUCAAAGUUCUCUUGAAGGCAGCCAAAUAAUGUCAGAAAAUUGUAGAUAAACCAUGAAAAAAAAAAAACCCAUGAAAUUCACUAAGCGAAAAAGGCAACCUGCGUUUCAUUCUUUGUUACAUUUUUGUACUCCUUCUAAAAAUAGUUGUGAUUUUGACUUUGCUCAGUUUCCAACAACUGAAUGUCAGUUUUAGGCCCUGUCCAAACGUAGCCGGAUAUUUCUGAAAAAAGGAGAUUUUUUCUCCGUUUUCAAAAAAUACGUGUCCACCGUAGCGUAUUGGAAUCGUUUUGGCCUGUCCACAUGAAAACGCUAAAACGAUGGAAAUAUGAUAGCAUCCCUUACAGAGCAUGCGUAAUGCUAAUUGUCUUGUUUUGUAGUUGUAUAUGAUGCAUGACAUCAUGACCUUUUCAAAAAGCUGGCGGUUUCAAAAAUCUCCACUCUGGGGAAAGUUUUUGAAAACCUGCGUUUUUGAUACCCGAAAAAGACGUUUUCGUGUGGACGAAAGGCUAAAAAGAGGAAAAAUCUCCGUUUUCAAAAAUACCUGGUGGACGGGGACAAAAAGUGACAACUGAGAUUUUUUUUAGAUUCCGUCAGCUAUGUUGGUGGUGUAGCAUUUGGGAAAGACAUCGGACCAGAGAGGACUCCUCUUAGCACCAGCUCUAGAACUGUAGCUUAUGUUUUCUCCUGUCUAGCUCUUAUCAUCAUUAACACUUACUGUGCCAACUUGACGGCAUUUUUGCUGGUUGAAACUGAUCACUUUCCAAUAACUGGAGUUAACGAUCCAAAGGUGGGUAGUAUUGGGUAGUACUAGAAACUCUUAAGGGGUUGAAACGUGCAAAUAGCCUUCAAUGCUCGUGAAUAUUCAUUUUUCUAAGCACCAUAUUUGGAAACCCUCGCUAGGGCCUCAAAAAACCAUUAGGUUUAACAACAACACCCAUUUUUGUACAUUUCUUUGCCGUCAGCGCACGAUUCCGACGUGAAAGUGCCUAUUUUCACGUUUUGUGGAGGACGUGAAAAAAGACUUUCUUUUUUUUUUCCUGAACUUAGAUAAAGUCAGUCAAGAAUUCUACUCCACAAAAAUUUGCUAAGAUUUGACGAACUAUACCAAGGUGGAAAAAUAAGCGCGAUAAGGUUUGAAUUAGCGCGAAAUCACUUUUUAAGAGACGUUUUCGUAGCCGUCGCCGUCGCUGUCGUUGAACGGGUGCGAGAACGUGGAGUAAAAUUACAUCAAGUCGUUCACGAAGUUUGAUUGGUCAGUUAUCAUAUGAGAGUUACACCUUCAAACCCCUAAUGAGCUUCUGGUAGUACUUUGUACAUCACGUCACGUUCCAAAACAAUGAAACUGGCGGCCGAAACCUCUUUCCUAGAGUUAUGUCCCACUGAUCUUUGCGGAACGAGAGAAAAGCAGUAGAGAACACUGGGAACGAGGUUUUGAAACAGCCACGUUGGUUUUCAAACCGUAGUUAGUAGAGAAGACUGAAGGCGGCGGCAAACAUCAGAGAUACAAAACAACGAUGCUGCACUGCCAAAACAAAUUCCGAGGGACCUCGACCUUUUUCUUGAGAUAACACUUCCAUUUGCUCAAAAUAAGGAGACAUACUUUUACCAUGUAACUUUUAACACCAAGAAAAUAACCACAACUUUUUUAGGUAUUGAUCGAGCAUUUGCAGUAAAGAUCCACUAAAAAGUAGUGCUGGAAACCAUUCUAAGCUACCAUAAUUUCUGCUUUCACUUUUUAGCUUAUAUCAGACCCUCCACUGUUUAUGGCAGCUGUUAUUGGAGGGUCAAGCGAGGAAGAUUAUUUCAAGAACCACGUUAAAUCGUCAUUCCGAAAGAUGUAUGAGGUUAAUCUUCGAAGACACAGAGUGUCAAGCAUGGAAGAGGGAGUCGAACUUAUGCGGCAAGGGUAAGACAACUUCGUACAAUGUUCAAAUUUUGAUUAUUUGAUGCUUAUCUAAACUUUAAUUGGCUCCUUUCGCUCAACUACGAUAUCCUAACUUCUUUUAAACCCUCAUUGUUUUCAGGGAGAUCCACGGAUUAAUUGGAGAUUAUUUAUCGCUCAGUAAAAUCGCAAACACAGACAAAAACUGUAGUUUCAAAUUAAUGAAAGAGGCAGCGCCCAAUUCCGGAUAUGGCUUUGCUCUCCCCAAGAACUCUCCAUGGCUGCAUGAAGUCUCACAGUCAGUAUUAAAACACGAAGAAAAUGGAACGAUAGCGUCAAUAGCGGAUCGAUGGUUUCCUAAAUCAGCCUGCAAAGGUUUAGAUUACAGAAGACUGGAAACAACUGACUUUAUAACUCUUUUCUGGACGGUCGCAGCAGCAUGUGUAUUUUCACUGAUCGUUUUAUUUGCGGAAAUGAUAACGUUUUUUGCGUUGGUCAAAUUUGGUAGAAAUCUUGGGCCAUUGGGGAGGUUCUUGAAGCGAUUUUUGCUGAACGCGAGGAGUGGGGAAGAAGAUCAAACCCCAAAACAGCAAGGAGGGCCGACAGUAGACAAGGCAUGUGACCUCACAACAAGAGAGACUGGUUUAGAUAACAGCGCGUAUAAUGAUAUUUGUGAACUGGAAAGAAAAAUCGCUUCUUUGCGAUAA